ACAACCAGUUCAGAUGAAUUGUAAAAUGUAGCUGUUUAGUAACUCUGCUAUAAGUUCCAGAAUGACCAAGAAAUGGAAAUUUCUUCAUCAAGUUGUUACUUUGCAAAACCUUGUUGCUGGUUUUUUCUUCAUGUCUGGAGAAUGUUAUUUGUCCAGAAUUUUUUCAUGGAUCUCAGCUGUAAAAAGGCCAACCACAAAUACCCCGCAUAGCUUGUGGUUGGAAUUGUUCCUCAACGUUUCCUGUUUGUCGUUUGGUAUUUUCCUGUCCCCCUCAAAAGUCAAGGUGUCCACACGUGACGUGCAAAGCGUUUUAUAAAAGUUCACAUUUCUAUGUCAAAUUGUUAGUUCAAAACCAACUCUUAUGGAUUUUUCUUGAGAAACUUCUGUGUAAAUACCCAUUGUCUAUGAGAAUUCAACUUUUACUCAUUCCUGCAAGUACAAUUCCACCAUUGUUCUUCUAGCCCAUAGCUUGAAACAUGGACGAGCGGCUCCAUGAGGCAGUUCUAAAGGGCGAUGUAUCGGCCUUCCUUGUUCUUGUUCAAGAAGACGAGGAUAUCCUCAAACAAGUAGUUCCCAGAUCAUCAAGCACCAUUCUGCAUUUAGCAGCAAGGUUGGGGCACCCUGAAUUGGCAGCAGAGAUAUUGAAGUUAAGUCCUGAAUUGGCAGCAGCGAGGAAUGAAAAACUGGACACUCCUCUGCAUGAAGCAUGCAGAGAGGGGAGAGCAGAGAUUGUGAAACUUCUGCUGGAGACCGAUCCCUUGAUCGCUGGCAAGGUAAACAGGGAUAACGAGACUGCGCUGUAUGUAGGGUGUGACAGAGGGAGGCUUGAUGUAGUGAAGCAGCUUCUGAACCAUCCAUGGCUGUUGGCAUUAGAAUUGGAUGGCUUCACUACUUCACUUCAUCUUGCAGCUUCAAGGGGACAUACAGAUAUAGUGAAGGAGAUUCUAAAAGUACGCCCAGACUUCGCAAGGGAGAAGGACUUGGAUGGAUGCAUACCAUUGCACCUCGCUUGCAGCAAAGGCCACCUUGAGGUAACAAGUGAGCUUCUGAGAUUAGACCCAGACCUCACUUCCUUACAAGACAAGGAUGGUCUAACACCUCUGCAUUGGGCAAUUAUCAAAGGGCACCUCAACAUUAUCGAUAAGAUACUUGCCAUUGGCCUCCAUUUAGCUCAGACGACAACUAAACAUGGAGAGACAGUUUUACACCUAGGAGUAAAGAACAACAGGUAUGAAGCAGUCCAGUACUUGAUGGAGAAACUCAACUUCACUCAACUCCUUAACACCCCAGAUAAAAAUGGCAACACCAUCUUGCAUCUUGCUGCUGCUGGAAAACUUACCACUAUGGUCAAGUACCUACUUGAGCUGGGUGUGGAUGUCAAUGCACAGAACUGCAAAGGUUUCACUUCUCUUGAUGUUAUUACAUCUGAUGCUAGUAACUCCAAGGCAGGACUUGAGAUUGUGACUGCAUUAUGCCAGGCUGGGGCUAAGAGAUGUAGCCAAUUGUCACCUGCAUCACCAGAAAUUCAAGAAAACCAUCAACCAACAUCUGGAGUAUUAAACAGCCUAAAUGUAGCAUCUCCUUGGCCAAAAGUGAUGCCAGAUUCUCCUGUCCAACAUCACAACAAGAAGCAUGACCAAAGCCGCAAAAAGCUGCUUGACCAGAAUGAGGGUCUGCGCAAUGCUAGAAACAAAUUCACAGUUGUUGCAGUUUUAGUGGCAACUGUUACGUUUUCUGCAGGCAUAAACCCUCCUGGAGGUUUUAAUCAGGACACUGGGAAGUCCAUGUUGGGGAAACAAACUCCUUUCAAGGUCUUCAUGGUAUGCAACAUUCUAGCAUUGUUCCUGUCUCUGAGCAUAGUCAUUGUUCUUGUCAGUGUCAUUCCUUAUCGGCGAACAUCCAUGAUGAGGCUACUGGUUUUUACCCAUAAAGUGAUGUGGGUAUCCAUGAUAUUUAUGGCAGCAGCUUACAUGGCUGCUACAUGGAUGAUUAUACCUCCUGGACCAGGUAGCAGGUGGGAGUUUGCAGUAUUGUUGUGUUUAGGGGGAGGGUGCACAAUGGCCAUAUUUUUAAUUACAGGGAUGGUGCUAGUGAGGCAAUUCAGAAAGUACCAAUUGAGGAAAGUGAAUGCGAAGACGUAUGGAGGCCCAGACAACAUCAUCAGUCAUGCCGGCGAGAUGCAAAUGAUAAAGAGGCAUGGCUAUGAAUCAACCUGUAACUCAGAUGUUGAUAGCUCUGAUCAAGGGGGUUACCACCUGUAUUAGGGUAUUUACAUCAGUGGAGCUUCAAUCACCAUGUUAUCUCAUAUAUGACUAAAUGUUCAAGUGGGGUUACCACCUCUAUCUACAUGGUUAAAGAUUGUCUUGGAUCA